UUCCAACUAUGAUUGCUGCUCCCACUAUGGAUUUUUUCAAGGAGACUGCUGUUCCUUCUCAGCAGCGGGUGCCAGCCAAGGUGAAGGACAUCCACCAGAGUCUCCUGUCCCACGUCUCUGCGGAUGCCAGGCUGCAAAGGGACAUUGUGAGGCUGGCUGAAGAACACCCUGCUGACGUGGUGCUGACCCUCCUGCGCUGUGCCCCAACAUGUGACAGAGCAGCUGCAAUGAUGUGGAGAGCCAUAGGCUCAUCGGGCCCAGCAGUGGAGAAAGUGCUGCCAACACUGCUCUGUGUGAUGGAGGACUGGCCACAGCACAGAAUGUGCACCUCCGAUGGGGACAACGAGGAUGUUUUUGCCCUGGCUGCAACUCUGGUGAUCUGGGUGAUCGUGCCCGUGUACAACAAGGCGAUGAUCCCUUUUACUGUGCGAUUGUUUGUGGCUCUGCUCUUCCAUGUUGCCAUCGCCACACAGCAGAUGCCACCAGAGGAAGUUGCUAACUUCUGGAGGGCGUGCCGGGAGGAACACCGCCUUCCCAGCGAGCCCAACAGGUUUGCAGUGCAGGCCAUGAAGGCUCUGCUCUACCGACUGCCGUGUGACAAGCUGGUGAUGGCUAUGGAGCGCAAGCGUGGCUGGGACACGCUGCUGCGUGCUCACACCCAGCACUAUGCCGUGGGUCUGCUGGCCAGGGAGAUGCGCCGUGUCUCAAUCCUUUUCUGUUCUUGCAUCGCACCCCACGUGCUCUGGCACCUCAGCAGGGAGGAGCCGUGCUGGGAUCUGCCUGCCCUGGCAUUCCUUGUGGAGGUCCUGGAUUGCCUGGACUUCAGUAAAUAUGGUGGCAGCGUCCUGAAGAUCGUGUCAAGGCACCUCCAGAGUGAAUGCAGUCAGAGGCGUCGCCUGGCACUCAGAGGCCUCGUGCUGCUCAGCAAGGAUCCCUCGAUGGCCGGAAGGAUGUGCAGUCUGUCUUGCAGCCUUCUGGAGCUGCUGAGGGAUGCAGAUGGAGAGGUGGUCAGCAUGAGGCUCCGUGUGCUCAUGAAUGUGCUCCCGCACCACGGCAUCCUGCGAUCCAGCAUCAUUGCCCCAAAGCUGGCUGAGGUGCUCCUGCUGCUCUUUGACCACAAAAACAGCCACGUGCAGUUGCUCUGUAUUCAGCUCUUCUGUAAGCUGAUGGAAUUGGUAGCGGAUGAGGGGAAAAAGCCCCUGAAGACAAUUGUGAUCAAGAGCCUGUACACACUUUUAAUCUACUGCCAUGAUGACAACUGGCAUGUGGCAAAGGCCUCUCGGGAAACGCUGCAUUGUGCGGCCAAGUUCCUGAUGAGGAGAGAUCUCGAACAGCUGGUGGAGAAGGAGCAGCUGUCAAAGUUUGUCAAGUGCCUGCUGGCAGAGGACAGGAUCCGAGCGGCCGAGCACCUGCGCCGGGCCCUGCCCUACCUGCAGAGCCCAGAGGAGCCCCUGCGAGAGGCGGCCCUCAGCUUCAUGGGGAUGGACGAGUUUCCCAUGAUGAGGGGGCAGCAGGAAGAGCUCCACGCCCUCAGUCAGGGCGCUCCAGGCAGAGCUGACGCUGGGCACAAUUCUUGUAGCUUCAGCCCUCUCCCUGCCUCUAGAUAGCUCCCUCCCUCUAGAUAGCUCCCUCCCUCCAGCCCUCAGACACUGUCCGUCCCCUUUUUUUCCCUCCACUCUUCCUGCCUUUUGACAGCUCCAUUCCUCUAGCCCUCAGACCCUGCCCAUUCCCUUUUUUUACCUCCCCGCUCAUCCCUUUGUUUCAUCUUCCAUUAAUAAAGAGUUUGGCUUUUUCA